AUGGUCCUAACUGACAUCACAAGCUUUCUACAAUCUAUGGGUAAAAAUCUUGAUGAUUUCGAUCUUCCAAAGAUAAAUGUAGAUACUAACUUACAUUUUGGAAGUUUUCGUGAGGUACAAGAGGAAUACUCCAUAGUUGUGGAAGACGAACAUUUACGUGCCCGAGAAUCCCUUAAUUUCGACCAAAAAUACGCAUAUGAUGAUAUCAUGAAGCACGUAGACGAUGAUCGUUCAGGAGUAUUCUUCAUAGAUGGUCCAAGGGGGACUGGAAAAACGUAUUUGUACAAAGCAUUGCUUGCCAACAUUCGUUCUCGUGGUCUCAUUGCUCUUGCCACUGCUUCUUCAGGUGUUGCAGCUAGUAAUAUGCCUGGAGGGAGAACAGCUCACUCCCAAUUUAAAAUUCCCCUUAAUCUUGAUAACAACUCCAUGUGCAACCUAAAAAAACAAAGCGGGACUGCUAAAUUGCUAUGGGAUGCAAAGAUAAUCAUUUGGGACGAAGUGUCAAUGGCUAAGAGGCAGGCGGUGGAGGCGCUUGAUCGAACAAUGCAAGACAUCACAGGGGUGACACUACCAUUCGGUGGAAAAAUAAUGGUUAUGGGAGGUGAGUUUAGACAGGUGUUACUGGUCAUAAGACGUGGAACCCGAGCACAGAUCGUAGAUUCAAGCCUACGAAUGUCACCUCUUUGGUCUUCAAUUAAAAAAAUACAUUUAACUCUCAAUAUGAGAGCACGAAGUGAUCCAUGGUUUUCAGAUUUUCUAUUACGAGUGGGUGAUGGAGAUGAAGAAAUGAUGGAAGAAAGCUUUAUACGUAUUCCCGAUGACAUGGCCAUUGCCUAUACUAAUAAAGAUAAAUCAAAGCAUGAUUUGAUUGACGCAAUAUUUCCAUCUCUGCAAAUCAACGGAGCAGAUUCAAACUAUAUUAUUUCGAGGGCGAUAUUUUCAACAAAAAAUGAAAAUGUCGAUGAAAUUAAUGAUCAGUUGAUUGAUAGAUUCUGCGGCGAUGAAAAAGUUUACUACAGUUUUGAUGAAGCAGAAGAUGACAGAAAUAACUUUUAUCCAAUGGAGUUCUUAAACUCGCUGACUAUCAGUGGUUUGCCCCCGCAUUACCUCCGGCUCAAAAUUGGAUGCCCAAUAUACUAUUGCGGAAUAUCGAUCCCUCUAAUGGCUUAUGUAAUGGAAUGA